CUGCCAAAAGGGAUUCCUAAUGGACUUGGCUGGUAAUUCAAUUAUUUAUUACAAGUAUUGAUAAAGUGGGAAAUCUAGUUAGCCUUGAUUUGAAGUUGAGGCUGAAAGGUCAACUGGAACUUUACUUCCAUAGCUAGUGUAUUCGAAAGCGUUUUAAAAUUCGUACGUAAAAAGUUAUAAUUUUCAAUUCAGACCAAACGGAAUUGAAACGUUCAUAAUGUUUAAAUUAAAAUUAUUUGAUAACCAAAUCUGUGAGCUAGGCGAUUCAUAUGACUUAAUUGCUGAUGCAUGCCGGGACCAGAACGAUAUCUUCAGUUUUCAGGAUACGAGGGCGAUUCGCCCUUAUAAGCGGGCUGUGAUCAGUUUGCUCAAGGGUGAGAUGAAUUGUUAUCCAUUUUUCCAUUGGGUUAUGUUCGUGUUCAGUUGGUAUGGAACCCUGUCUAGUAUUUUUAACUUUGUACAAUUGCUCAUCGAAAAAGAUUCAAUUACUUUGUGGAAGAACUACUUGCUCUAUGACAAGGUUUCACGAGCUCCACGACGUUACCUGAAUUUCAUUCAAGAAUUUAUUUUAAUUUGCGUCUGGGGAUCGUUGUUCUAUGCUGUUCUAUUCGUUUCCCCAUCUCACAUGAUCCCCUGGCUCUGCGUACACGGGUUCUGCUGCGUCGUCAACUUGAUGACAUUGAUAGCCAACUUUAUUAUGGGAGACUUGAGCCCGAAGAUGCGCCUUCCAGUCGUUAUUAAUCUUUUGGUGCAUUUGGCAUGCAUCGUCUUUAUAAAUAUGGGCCUGAAAUCUUUUAGAUACGCCCUCACAGUGGAUCGAGUAGAAGACUUGAUGCUCUCAAUCCGACAGAUGGAGACAAUUAUCGAAUAUUCGUAUUUUAUUAUAAAUAACAGGCAAUAUUGAUUAAAUAAAUUUCCUGUUUAAAAAAAUGUUUUU